ACUCGCACUGUCCGAAGUCGUAUUUGACGUGACAAUGGAGAACGGGGUUAGUCUUCAACAAACUCCAAAGGAGAAGCAUUCCUGGCAGAUACAAGAGCUUCCCUUUUCUCUCCUACCGUACCCUCAGAUGAUCAUGGAAGCGAUUGAGGCGUCUAACGACGCGAAGGGAUGCAGCAAAACGGCGAUUUUAAAGCACAUCGAGACAACACAGACACAUUUACCACCGUCUCACCUGACGCUGCUCGACUACCAUCUCAAACCAGAUGAAACAUUCGGGGAAGAUCGUGAUUGUGAAAAACAAUUACAUGAAACCAGAUCAAAAGCCGAAACCUCAGGGAGAUUCAAGACACGUGGCGGUCACGUCUCCCUCGGUUUCUUCGACGAGGACGACCACCGAAGAAGGAGAAGAUGGUUCAAGGCUACGACGGAGCGAAAACUAACGGUGUGCGUGUGCGUCGAGAGCCUGGAAGGCCACGGAAAGUGAAAUUCAAAUUACUCUCCAGCUUGCUUACCGAAUAAGCUUAGAUUACAAACUUUUUGUGUUGUUUUAGUUUUAGCGGGCUGAUUAGAG